CGCGGGGCCCUGUGAGUCACUGCGUCUCCUGGGACCAUUGGGGCCUUCUCCUGCUACGCCCAGCCCCCCCCCCAGCCCCGUUUUAAGCUUAUUAAUGAGUUAUUAAAGCGUCUUCUCCAUCCCCCACCCCCAUGAAGCCCACCCGCCAGGGCUGCUAUUCUGCUUUUUACAGAUAAAGAAGGGGGGGGGGGAACCACUUCCUGAGGUCAGCCGGGACGUGGCAGGUCUCCCGGGCGGCGUUUUUGCCGCAAAGACGUUCUGUCCCCAGGGUCUCGAGGAGAUGGAUGGAAGGAAAGGGCCCGAGUCGGAAGGGCCGAAAGGCUGGAGGAGGAACCUGGGGCCCCCGAGGGCGCCAAGGGCCGGGUGGCCCAAGGCCGUGGAACCCUGCGCCAAGUGCAGGGGACUUGCCUAGCACCUGGCUCUGUGCCCGGGAGGCUGGUGGUUUCCACACACAGAUGUCCCAAGAGUGGUGGCGGGUUGGGAGCCGGAGAAGAGAGAUGGCUUCCUCUCCAACCCCCACCCCAUCUCGGGGCCCCUUCCCUCUCCCCGCAAACCACAACCAUGGGCCCUUGCCUUCCUAGGGUGCCCAGGAGAAACAGCUGACGGCCAGGGUGACCACAGACCUCAGACGGAGCGGCCGGGCUGGAGGCGUGGGGCCUGACCCAGCAUCUCCCCUUGUGGAGGCAGGAACGCCCCCUCCCCGUCCCCCGUGGGUGUGUGUGCGUGACACCCUGGGGGGAAGACGCUUAACCUCAAAGAUGGUUGAAUUCGAAGAAUUAAAGGAGGAGCCCGGGGUCAGAGAAACGACCGCCCAUUGACUCCGCCCGGACAUACUAGUUUUCGGGGUCGUGUUCCCAGAAGACCUGCCCCCACCCCCAUCCUGGGAGGUGCUGGCCAGCCGGCGGAGCAUAAAGUGGCCCCGGGGCCCACGAGGCCCUCAGUGUGGAGGAGUCUCUGACGAGGGAGGCCUCGCUCCAGCUGCCGGCACGCAGUAUGUGGGCACGGCCCAGACUGAGCUCUCUCUUCGGCUUGACCUGUGGUCUCCUGUGGCUGUACCCGGUGGCUAACAUCUCCUGUCCCACCUACCAGAAGGCUCUGAGCCAAGUGAUGAGCACGCCAGAGACAGAUUGGCUGCAGUCCUUCAUGAAGCAACAAGGCCUAAAAGAGUCCAAUCUCACGGAGAGCUGUAAAAUGACCGAGUAUGUCCCCACGGUGGAGACCCUUCAGAACCUAUCUCAAGCCGCUUUCCUGCAGAAUGUGAGCCAGAGCCUGCACUUUGUUGAACAGCAACUCAAGGACUUCAAGGAUUCGGACAUCCGGAGAAUGGUCUUGUCCAUUCAAGGCCUCGAUAACAACAUCUGCUGUCUGCUGCAGAACCUGCCCACUGGCCCCGCUGCCUGCCCCCCGUCCGGAAGCGCAGGGACUCUGCCCUCUCAGGCCGAUCUGACCUUCCCACAGAAGCUACAUGGAUGUAAGACCAUACAGUGGUACCAGAGCUUCAGGAAGGUUAUGAAAAAGGUGCUAGAGACUUGGGAUGCGGCCCCUGGGCAGAGAAAUAGGAAAAGCCGCUCCCUUCUCCGCGUCCUCCUCCACCACAGGAGGGAGAUCAGGGCGGACUGAUUCAAGGGAGCCAGGUGCUACAUUAGCCUCCAGGAAGUGGGUCCCAGAGGCCCUGCCUGAGGAGGGAGGGCACUGGGGGUGGCCAGCCCACUGGAUCGUGCUCGCCCCCUUCCUGUGGUUCCCAUUCUGGGCUCAGAAAUGUUGCACUUUAAUGGGAGGAGGGGGGAUUCCCGACCUCUCCCCACCUAGUGAUCCACGGAGGGCUAUCGUUGGGCUGAACUCACCCUCCCCCAGCCUUCUCUCCUCUUCGAGGGCUGCCUGUUCAGGUCAUGGGGCGGCCGGAGCUCAGUGCCCCGUGACACCUCAUGAAUCAGAAGCCGACUUUCCAUUGAUUCAGGGGUCUGAUGACAAGGCUUGACUCAGGGCCCGGUACGUGACCUGUUCCCGCCUUAGCCUCCCUUAGGGGGGCCCUCAGCUCAGUUCUUUCUGCUCUGACUUCACCCUCCCCACCUCUCCCCCCCGGGUCCCGGAGAUCUCUUCCUUGGUCGAGGGCCGGAGUGGUUGGUUUGGGCCCGGGGAGAAGUCAGGACGGUAUAUGGCCAGUAGGGGUCUCAUGCUAAGGGGCCAGUCUCCCCUCCUGGCAUUCUCUUACCUCCCAAAUCUAGUGAUGACUCCCAGGGCCGCCCCCCCGGAGACACGGACCAACUUUAUUUCGUGCCAACGGUCUGCCCCCUACCAUGACUCCCUGAGAUAGAAACUUUGCCACUCGGGGAGAAAGUGCUGCUGGACAAGCAAGUGUCCCCCAGGGACCAUCCCUCAAAUCCCUCCAGGGACCAGUCCCUGGGAUCCCAGGCCCCCGUCCCUGCCCACGCCCGAGGGCACAGAAAAUAAUUUAUCGAGCUUCUAUUUAUAUUUAUUUAUUAGACAUGUAUUUAACAAUAUGAUAUUGAGAUCUGACAUAUUUAAAAUUCAGCUAUUUUUCUAAAGCU